AUUGUUGUCCCGAAGCUUCCUAGCAAAGCAUGGAAACGACAACUUCCAUUCAGGGCUGAUGAGGGGCUUUUCGAUGAGGAGUUCAUUGAAGAGCGUCGUAAAGGACUCGAAGGAUUCAUCAACAAGUGAGUUGUUUCAUCGUUUUGCGGUCUUCAUCAUAUUUUCCUGGAAAAGAACUGCUUUCUUAUUUCCGUGUUUAUCCUAG